AUGAGCACUCAGAAAAAACUGAAGAAAAUUCCCUUCUCAUUGAAUUUUGAUCAUGAAGCCUCGAUAUCCAUAUCGGGAGUGUUUGAUGUGAGAGUAUCGCAUGCUUGUCAUUGUAUUCUAGCCCUUGUCAUGAACCAAAUUUAUUGUUUUGAUUUGGAGACGCAUCAGAAAAUUUGUUCGUUUUCAGCUCCGAUUGAAAUGAAUUCUUAUUUUGAUAUUGAAAAUUAUGAUGGAAAAUAUCAUGAUGCAUUGGUGUAUAUCUGUAAACUUGGAUUGUUUAAACAUGAUUUAGCGAAAAUUAUGAAAAAUCAAAAUUCAAAUGAAAAGAUUUGGUGGCGACAAGAAUUGACACAAUCGUAUUGCAUGGCAUGUUCGACCAAUUUUGAUGACUUUUCACAAAAUGUCAUUUAUUUAGCAAGUGCAAAGCCUGAACCUCAUAUUGAUGUAUUAAAAGCAUCGACUGGAGAAUUAAUGUACAAAAUAGAAGAUCCUCUCAUUUCAGUUGCUAAUCAAUUGAGUGGAGUUGCUGUCAAUGAUACAAAUACUGAACUCGUGAUUGCUCUUCAAGAAAAAUGUGUGAUCAAAAUGAAACGUCAUUCACAAGAGAGUCACCAAUGGACCUCUCAAUUUUCCUUUCAAAGAAAUGAUCUGGAAAAAGUAGAUGGCUUGGCUUUUGAUAAUACUUCACGUCAUAUUAUUUGA